AUGCGUGUCUCUACUAGUUUGCUUCCUGCCCUUCUGGCAGCAAUCCCUGCUGUGUCCGCUAGUGGCACCCUGGGUCUCGCCAUAGGUGAUAAGAACAGUGAUUCCAGCUGCAAAUCUACGAGUGAUUACGAAGCCGACUUUGAUGCUCUCAAAAGUGUGACGACUAUAGUCCGCACAUACUCGGCCAGUGACUGCAAUCUUGCUCAGAAUAUCGUGCCCGCUGCAAAGGCCAAGGGAUUCAAAGUCGUUUUGGGAGUCUGGGCGGAUUACGACCAGUCUUUUGACCAGGACUUCAACGCCCUGAAGCAGGUCGUCCCUGGGAAUGAAGAUGUUGUGUCUGCCAUUACUGUAGGCUCUGAGGUUCUCUACCGCGGAAGUCUCACUGCGCAGGCACUCCUGAGCAAAAUCCAACAGGUGCAGAACCAGUUCCCCUCGGUCGCUGUUGGCACCGUUGAUAGCUGGAACAAAUUCGCGGAUGGCACUGCCGAUCCCAUCAUCCAAGGAGGUGUCACUUACCUUUUGGCCAAUGGAUUCGCCUACUGGCAGGAUGUAGACAUCAACAAUGCUCCCGCUACCUACUUCUAUGACAUAUCGGAGGCCGAGAAGCAUAUCAAGCAGGUUGCCGGAGCUAAUGCGGGCAAUAUCCGCUUUGGAAAUGGAGAAACUGGUUGGCCCACCGACGGUGGAUCCGAUUAUGGUGCUGCUAAAGCUGGUACUCAGAAUGCUGCACAGUAUUACAAAUCAGCGGUAUGCCCCAUGCUGCGAAAUGGAACCGACGUCUUCUAUUUCGAGGCCUUCGACGAGGAGUGGAAGCCCAACAGCGUGGGUGACAAUGGCCAGUCCAUGGACGAGAAACACUGGGGACUCUUCACCGCCGACCGCCAGCUCAAGUUCGACGUGACCUGUUGA